CCCGCGCUGCCGUGGGUACGGGGCUGGGCAGGCGCUCGGUGCUCCCGGGCUGGGUCCCAGUGCCCACGGCUACGCGGGUGGGACGGCAGCGGGGGGCCGCUCCGUGGCCGGGCGGGGCUGUCUGGAGGAGGGACCCGCAGCGGGCAGGCCCCCCCCGGGCUCCGUCCCGGGCCUGGCGCCGUGCCCAGCAGGGCCGGGGGCCCCAUCCCGGGGCCGGGGGCGCGGGGCCCGUCUUCGCUGUACCGGCAGCGGGGCCGCUGGCGCGGGCCGGCCCCGGACACUUGGGCACGGCGCGGGGCGGGCCGGGGCGGAGAGGGGCGGCACGGCUCGGCUCGGAUCAGCAGAGCUCGGCUCGGCUCAGCUGGACGCUGUCGCUCGGCGCUGCCGGAGCCGCGCAUCCCUCGGGGACCAGAGAGCCUGGCUGCCAUGGGGAGCUGCCGCACAUGGGCACCACCGGAGCUGCUGGUGCUGAGCGUGUGGCUGUGGGUGAGCAGCGCCGGCCCCACGCGCCCGCCCGGCCCCGCGCUAAGGGUGCGCCUGGCUGGGUACCCGCGCAAGCACAACGAGGGCCGCGUGGAGCUCUUCUACAACGACGAGUGGGGCACCAUCUGCGACGACGACUUCACGCUGGCCAAUGCACACGUGCUGUGCCAGCACCUCGGCUUCGUGGCUGCCACCGGCUGGGCCCACAGCGCCAAGUACGGCAAAGGAGUCGGGCGGAUCUGGCUGGACAAUGUGAAUUGUGCCGGAGGUGAGAAGAGCAUCGGGGACUGCAAACACCGGGGCUGGGGCAACAGCGACUGCAGCCAUGAGGAAGACGCGGGGGUCAUCUGCAAGGACGAGCGCAUCCCAGGCUUUAAGGACUCCAAUGUCAUCGAGACGGAGCAGAGCCACGUGGAGGAGGUGCGGCUGCGGGCGGUGGUGGUCGGCGCCCGGCGGCAGCUCCCGGUGACAGAGGGCAUUGUGGAGGUGCGCUACAAGGACGGCUGGGCACAGAUCUGCGACGAGGGCUGGAGCAGCCACAACAGCCGCGUGGUCUGCGGCAUGCUGGGCUUCCCUGCCGAGAAGAAGGUCAACAGGAACUUCUACAAGCUGGCCUCCAAAUCUCAGCCUAAACAAAAGCGCAGGGAGGACGUAGGGUCCAAGAAGAGGCUGUUCGCAGAGCGGCAGCAGCUCAUCUACCGGCUGCACUCGGUGUCGUGCGCGGGGACCGAGGGGCACCUCUCCAUGUGCGCCUUCGAGUUCUACCGCGGCAACGCGUCCGCCGCCUGCGGCUCGGGCAGCCCCGCCGUCGUCAGCUGCGUGCCCGGCCCGCAGUUCGCCACCGGCAGCUCCCACAAGAAGAAGCAGCGGCAGCAGCAGCAGCAGCAGGGCCAGCCACGGAUCCGGCUGAAGGGGGGUGCGAAGGUCGGGGAGGGCCGCGUCGAGGUGCUCAAGGGCAGUGAGUGGGGCACGAUCUGUGAUGACCGCUGGAACCUGCUGUCAGCCAGCGUGGUGUGCCGCGAGCUGGGCUUCGGCAGCGCCAAGGAGGCCCUCACCGGGGCGCGCAUGGGCCAAGGGACGGGGCCCAUCCACAUGAAUGAGGUGCAGUGCCUGGGCACCGAGAAGUCCCUCUGGAGCUGCCCCUUCAAGAACAUCACGCAGGAGGACUGCAAGCACACGGAGGAUGUGGCUGUCCGCUGCAAUGUCCCCUACAUGGGCUACGAGACCCUGAUUCGGCUGAGCGGGGGCCGAAGCCGCUUCGAGGGGCGGGUGGAGGUGGCUGUGGGGGCUGGCGCCGGGGAGCAGCCGCGCUGGGGGCUGGUCUGCAGCGAAGGCUGGGGUACGCUGGAGGCGAUGGUGGCCUGUCGCCAGCUGGGCCUGGGAUUCGCUAACCAUGGCUUACAAAUCCGCCUCUCGGGCGGCAGGACGCCGUUUGAGGGCCGCGUGGAGGUGAAGCGAGGCAGUAAGUGGGGCAUGGUGUGCAGCAAGGGCUGGACCACCAAGGAGGCGAUGGUGGCCUGUCGCCAGCUCGGUCUGGGCUAUUCCCUGCAUGCGGUGACGGAGACCUGGUACUGGGAUGCCAGCAACGUGACGGAGAUGGUGCUGAGCGGGGUGAAGUGCGCUGGGCAUGAGAUGUCCCUGAGCCACUGCCAGCACCACGGCUCCAGCGUCAACUGCAGGAACACGGGCACACGCUUCGCUGCCGGCGUCAUCUGCUCCGAGACCGCCUCCGACCUGCUGCUACACGCGCCGCUGGUGCAGGAGACGGCGUACAUCGAGGACCGGCCGCUGCACAUGCUGUACUGCGCCGCCGAGGAGAGCUGCCUCUCCAGCUCCGCCCGCCUCGCCAACUGGCCCUACGGGCACCGCCGCCUGCUCCGCUUCUCCUCCCAGAUCCACAACAACGGCCGCGCCGACUUCCGCCCCAAGGCUGGGCGGCACUCCUGGGUCUGGCACGAGUGCCACCGGCACUACCACAGCAUGGACAUCUUCACCCACUACGAUAUCCUCACCCCCAAUGGCACCAAGGUGGCAGAGGGGCACAAAGCCAGCUUCUGCCUCGAGGACACUGAGUGCGAGGAAGACGUGGCCAAGCGGUACGAGUGUGCCAACUUCGGGGAGCAGGGCAUCACGGUGGGCUGCUGGGACCUGUACCGGCACGACAUCGACUGCCAGUGGAUCGACAUCACUGAUGUCAAACCGGGCAACUACAUCCUGCAGGUUGUGAUCAACCCCAACUUCGAAGUGGCAGAGAGCGACUUCACCAACAAUGCCAUGAAAUGCAACUGCAAGUACGACGGGCACCGCAUCUGGGUGCACAGCUGCCACAUCGGUGAUGCACUCAGUGAGGAGGCCAACAAGCGCUUCGAGCAGUACCCGGGGCAGCUCAACAACCAGAUCUCGUAGGGCCCAGCCCGGGAGACACCGCGGGGAGCCCCGGGGGGGGAAACCUCCUGCCCUCAGCCUGCACCCGGGGGAGAUGCUGCUGG